AUGAGCAUUAAAGCAAUAUCAAAAAACGAAUCCACUGAAAAACUUUUUGCAAGAAGGGGAACUUUUUUAAAGCUCAUACGCGUGAUUGCUUAUCGUCAACGAUUUAUCGAUAUCAAAGUUCACAAGCUCGAAAUGAAGGGUAUCCUUUCUACGAGUGAACUUAAGAAACCGACGAUCUGCGCGGUUAGGCUCGUACAACGUGAGACUUUCUCCGACGAAAUUGCGAUUUUAAAAUCUAAAGGGAUAAUUCAAGGAAAACUAACUCCUCUAAAACCUAUCUUAGAUUCGGAGGGAGUGCUCCGAGUUGGAGGUCAACUUGAAUUAUCAGAACUCAUUUAUAUCCAAAAGCAUCCUAUAUUGCUACCAAAAUAUCAUCACUUAACGAAUCUUAUCGUCCGCGAUCAACAUUUACAGCUUCUUCACGCAGGAACACAAGCGACGCUUAAUAUUAUUCGGGACAAUUAUUGGAUUGUUGACGGUAGAAAUGUCGCCAGAAACAUUAUUCGAAAAUGCGUCACUUGUUUUCGUGCUAAACAGCAAUUUCCCACUUAUAUAAUGGGAGAUCUGCCCAAAGAUCGGACUGUCUUCGAAAGACCAUUUAAACAUGCAGGCAUAGACUUUUGUGGACCAUUUUUUAUCAAAGAGAAAAAAUAUCGAAAUCGUGUGAAAGUAAAAAUCUAUGCAGCUGUUUUCGUUUGUUUCGCCACCAAGGCAGUGCACAUUGAAAUUGUCAGCGACCUGACUUCCGAAGCCUUUUUAGCUUGCCUAAGGAGAUUUUUCGCUAGACGCGGAAAAAGCUCUGAUCUAUAUUCAGAUAACGCUACUAACUUCAAGGGUGCAAAACGCGAAAUCGAUGAGCUUCAUCAAUAUCUGAAAAAUCAAACAAAUAUCGACGAAAUCUCCCAGCAUGUUGCUAAUCGCGAUCGAGUUGCUGGGCAUUUCAUUCCCCCGCGUUCACCUCAUUUUGGCGGACUCUGGGAAGUCGCAGUCAAAUCUUUUAAACAUCAUUUUACGCGUGCCAUCGAUGGAAGAGUUUUAACCUAUGAAUAA